UUGUGUGGAGAAGCAGGCUCUUGGUAUAAUCUCCCCCCAUCACUCGGGAGGAACCAACCCAGCCCAAUCUACUGUCAACCACACGACACCAUCUUUUGGAUAAUAUACAUGUAUACAUAUUUCUGUUCUCAAUUGACUGGCUAAAAAGAAGAGAAACAAAAGGGAAAUGGUAGCUCUGCCGUUAGUGAAUAAGGUGGUAAGCAGUGGGACAACAGGUGGAGGAAGAGGAAGGGAUGAGGUGUAUGUAGGAGCAGUGGGUCUGAGAGCCACCAAGGGACCUCCCCAGCUGCUCAUGUCUGCCGCCUACUCCCUCCGUCUCUGGCACUUUCACCACUUCAUCGUCAUCAUCAAAUCCUCCAUCCCUCCUCUUUCUCAGGGCUUGUAUGUAUUUGAUUUUCAACCUGAAGAUCCCGAGAACAUGGAUGUGGCACUUGCGGCUUUAUUUGGUAAACCUGUACCUGGAAUUGUGCUGACAAGAAAGCUGAUGAAGUUGCCCAAAAAUAAAUGCUUCUUUGUUGGAUCUUCUAAAGUGGAUAAUGCCAUUGAUGCAGCUUAUGAAUUCAACAGUAAUUGGGAAACAGACCUUAGGAUUGGCUAUCAUGACUGUCGACAUUAUACGAAUGGAUUAGUUGAGUGCCUCACUGGGGAGACACUUGUGUUGGAGCGCUUGAAGAAGACGCUUUGGUAGAGAUAUGUUUUUUUUUUUUUUGAAAAAAAAUAAAAAAAACUUGUUUAAUUGCUGGCAAUAAUAUUUAUUUUUUGUUUUUGAUUUUUAAAGAAUUAUAAAAAAUGCGACUUUACUUUUUAGUUUUUUAAAAA